UUCUAGCCCGUGUUCUAGUAGUUUUUGAUGUUGUGUCUAGUGUUCUAACCUUGUUCUAAGUGUCCCUUACCCUUGCCGCAGGAAGCGUGAAGACGCUUCGGUGGCAGGAAUUUUUAUCGACGAAUUAUUUUUAUUUGUUGUUUUCUAAACUUCUUUUUGGGUUAAAAGUUUCACCUUGUGUAAGUUCAUCGUUCUUACUAUCAACCGACCGUCCAGCUCAAAUCAAAGUUCGUGCACCACGUUUUUUUUGCUAUGGCGCCAGCAACAUCGUUGGAAUGUGCCAGAGGGCGCCUCGCCUAGAAGUGAAAGCUGGAAUCACGCUACCAAACGCUCAAACCGCUACGGAUUCACGUUCUGCGCAUCUACGGGAACGGGAAGAUGAAACAAACUUAGACGAUAGAAUUGUCCCACCCGGAAACAGUAUACACGCGAGUCACAUCCACCAGCAGCGUCGCGCAUCGUCGAUUGAUCUGCUCACCACAGCCAACAGUAGUAGUGGACCUGGUGCGGGAAUGAUGCGCCCGAUAAGCUCAAGCCAAAGCGUCAUGACGGACGCACAGGGACUGAUCGUACCAAAGAAGCUGGUCAACCCGGUACUCGAGUCGAUCGAUCGGCAAAAUUUGCACCGCGAGAUGAUGUUCAAUCAGAAAAUCGGCAAGAGCGUACUGAACCAGAAGUCGGAACUGCAGCGAGCGCUCGAGAAGCAAAAGGAGCGCCAGGUGCUGGCAGCCCAAAACCUUGCGAAGCAGACGGAACAAACGAUUGCGAGCGAGCUUGGACGCGUUAUUAUGCAGCGUGCCCAACGGUUGGAACAGCAGAAGGGUGGCAGCGGGACGGGUGCAACCGAUCCGACCGGUGGUUCUAUCAAUCCGGAGUAUUUAAAUGCACGCGCCAAGCUGCGGGCGACGGUCGAUACGAAAUGAAGGGGGCGCAUUGGGCGCCUCCCAUGAUGCUGUAACUUCCUCGUUUCUUCCUACAAAAUUACAAGCCCGAAUUGUGAUUAUCGGACCCCGUUUAGCGUUUUCGUUUGCAUCGCGCGAAGACGUCGAUCGGGCCCGAUAAUCGUAAUCGGAUGUAAUUGAUUCGUUUUUAAGCUUUAUGUUUAAGAAUUUUAUUUUUAACUAUUCAACGUUACUCUUACGCACUUCUUCAUAAACCGUAUAGCAGUAUAGCAGCAACAGCAGCAACAGCAGUUAGCAGCCAUAGAAAUUAGGUUCGAAGUUGGUGUUUGCGAGUAGUUUGUGUUUGCGAUACGCUUUCAGCAGAAAUGGAACCGUUUUGCUUUUGGGAAGGGUGCAAAAGGGCUGCAAAACAGGCGUACAGCCCCCGUGCCCUUCUGUAAAAGCGUGCCAUUUUACUGAAAACGAAGUGUGUGUGAAUGGGUAGAUCGAAUGUGUGUUUGUGUCAGUGUCAGAUUUUUUUUUUUACCCGCCAGUGAUAAGCGAAGCAUGUGUGCGUGAACUGAGAGUGCAAAAGGAUGCGAAUGCAAGCAACCAUAGGCUUUAAAUAGGAUUAGUAAAUAAUGCGCUGUUGGCUGCAAGUAAUAUUGUGUUUUUAAAAUCGUCAAACUGUCCAUCCUCACUGUCUGUACUUUUUCCCAAUUUUCCUUGCCUUCGCCGCUAUCACUUUCUUGUUUGUGCGAAUGGAAGUAGAGCACUUGAAAAGAAAGAAAACAAAAAAAAACAAACAACUGAUGCUUGCCGUGUUUGGAAAACGGAAAAAUCAUUUUACACACUGAAAUUUAGAUCAAUCCAUUCUCCAAAACUAGAUGGUGAAGGCAUACUUGUGUGUAUGUGCGUGUGGGCGUGGGUGUGUUCUAAUAUGUACUGAUAGUGAUAAAACAGGGCAAUGAGAGAAAAACGAAGUGAAACAAACAAAAAAAUGAACGAUUACAAACAAUAGACACCGAUAGUUCUUCCAAAAAAAAAAAAACAAAAAACUUAUAAGAUAUUUCUACCCCACCCCCGAUAUUCGAGUAGAGACUGUGUAGGCACGAUUGAGAGUUUUAUUUAUACAAUCGACCGUAGAUGGAUUGGUUUUUGAAGACGUAGAUAAUUAAAAUCAGAUGGAAUAGAUUACGCAAAGUACUCCCAUGAACACACUACUCAAACACGCCAAAACAAAUCACAUGAAAUAUUAGAAUUAUAUCGUAGCUUGGGAGUGCGAAAUUGGAGAUAAAAAGAAAACAAAAGAAAGGUAAAUAUUAGAGAAAGGAGAAGCAAAGAAACAUAAGGAAGCAACCUAUACAUACCAAAAAAAAGAGAACGAAAAUGAUAUUCAUCCAGACCUUUAUAUGUAACACUAAAGAAGGCUGAUACGGAUCAAGCAAGUGAGCUCAAAGAUAGUCUCGAAAUGUGGCGUGCACCUAAUGAUAUCCACUUAAGCAUUUUUUUAACAGUAUAGAACCAAUCAUAUUACUAGCAGUUAUGAAAGCAUUUCUUCUCAAAUUGUGUAUCACUCGUUGUGCGUGUGCAAAUGUACCAAAUGAACGCAAACAAUAACAAAUAUGCCAUCGGAGCGUUUCAUCGCACUAGGAGUCAUAUUGCUCAAGCAUGGUGUGGUGGGGGAAGGUGUUUAUCAUCAACGCCCCCGCAAUAGAACUGGUUAGGCUAUUUUGGCCCGAAAAACAUCUACAGGAACAUAGAAGUCUAAAUUUUUCCUUAAUCACCUCCCGGUACCCUUCCCGCAAACCAAACCAUUUGCUCACCAAAACAAACGCCAUCGUUGCGUUUGGGCACAGGGGUAGAGUUUAAGCAGUUGUUCAAGAUAAAAUUUUCCAACAAAACUGCUGAGUUUUGUAAAUGCAAAAGUAUGAAGGCAGGUAUUAGGAAUAAACAGCAAACAUUACGAUAUUCCAGUUGUGAUAGCAAAACAAAAAACAAAAAACAUACAAAAUUGAAAAUUGAUGAGCUCUGUUUAGAAUGGAAAGUGAAGUUAACAUGAAACGCAAUAGAAGCCUAACACUAACGUUCCAUUUUGUUAUUGUGCGACCAUGUUUAGCACCCGCAACGGUACAGCAGUGUAGCGAGACGCAUCAUAAUAAGGACGUAAUGACAGUAAACGGGCUUCUUCAUCUACCUUUUUACAAAAAAAAACAAAACAAAUUGGGCCUUAGCAGUAACAACUUGGAGACUUUAGAGCAGCGGAAAGCAUACAAUCCCUAUACCAUAAAUAGGAACACAAUCAGCAAUACCACAACUUACCACCGGUAGGCAAUCGGAAGUGAGAAGGGUCUUUAGUUAGUAGUGAAGCAUUUUAAAACACGAGACUAUGCAGAAUAGCGGGUUAAAUGGUGUGUAAAGCGACCGAAAGGUGUCAAUGUGAUUAUGGGUGAUUUGAAAUUUAAAUUUUGCACUAUGUUGUUUAUAAAUUUAGUUGUUUCACUAUUUUACUCGUUUCUGGUAAGACAAAAUUUUUCUGUGUAAGGCAAACGGUGAUUAAUGAAUUGGAAAUUGUUUCUGCGUGUGGUAAUGACACGAAUAGCAAUCAAUAUCAUAGCGAAUUCCUUAACGUACGCAAAAAAACAAAAACCUUUCAGUCGGCAAAACAAACAAAACAAACCAUAUGGACUUACAAAACACCCAUAAUGCAUUUCAAUGGCGCAAUCUAUAUAAACGCAAAACUUCAUAUACAAAAUCACUAUGCGCAUAUACCCGGUAGUGCAGAAACAUAUAAGUGUCUUAAGGAAAGAUUGAACUUACAAAACAUUAAUACAACAAAGUAAGCGUGUAUGUGUGUUACCGAAAAAAUAGCAAACAAAUCGUAAAAAAGAAAACAAAACGAAAAGAAGAAAAAAAACACACAAAUAAUACCAUAUAAUAGCUUUUCAACUCAUGUACAGGCGUGAAACAUUUCUAAUUAAAGUUUUGUUGUCUUUGAACAAUAGUAUUUUCAACGCAUAUACAAUGAGAAACAAACAAAUAAAACAGGAUAAUAUAGUACAGACUCAUACGUAACGGCAGUUGAGGGUUUAAUAGAACAAGGCAGGAUGUAAAAGAGUGCUGAAAGCAGUGGAACACAAAACAUUACAAAAAUAUAACAAACAUUGUAAGCUAAAUGUUACGGCUUUACUGCACCGAUGGUUCGCUGUUUCUGGGCGUAUCUUCUAACCCUGCAACUAGAUGAUUGCAUGAAAUUUCAUACGAUCCCUUGCUCGCACCCAGUUGUGUACCAUCGGCGUGUUAAAAUCGUAAAAUUUUUGCUCUAAACGUGAUUUGGAUCGGCUACAUACUGUUGCACGUAGAUGUAAGUGAGAAAUAGAAGCAGAAAUAGUAGAACUGUU